AUGGCUAGCUCCCUGGUGCAGCUGCUUGUCCGCUUCCUGGUGGUGGCGAUGGUGCUGGUGGUCGUUCUGGAACCGGCGGGAACUGCCGCCGGAAGCGUUGGUGUGGCAGCGAGACAAGCGACAGCCAGUGUACCGGAAGAUGGCGAUAGCAGCGAUGUGGCGGUCGAUUCCUCGGACGAACUGCUGGACGAGGAUGAAAGUUUCGACCAAAACGACGGUCGCUCCGGUGGCAAGGAUGAACCGGUGGUAGACGAGAAUGAGGACACGACGGAACACGGACCAGUGACGGAAACGACGGUGGGAUAUAAUGCAGUGGCGACUACGCCAAAGAUAGUGCGGCCCGUGAAGCAGUUAAGUCGCUACGAGCAGGGUCUGGAAGACUACGACGAGGCAGCGGAUCGGGUCGAACGGGAGCAAACCCAGCAGCAGCAGCAGACCGAGCAGCAGCAGUACAACAAUAUGCUGAAACCGAUGCUGACAUUAUUUAAUGUGAUAAGCACCGUUUUAUCGUCCGGAAGAUCGAUGGGCGCGGGCACGGGCCGGACGAUGCCCACCGAUGACGGCAAUUCCGGUGACGGUGGCAAUAAAACCGAGAUCAUCACUGUUGGCGAAAAAUCAACAAGCAGCAGCGCCAGCGGCACCGGCGGAGGUAAUGAAAAUGCGAUUGCACAGGGGCGCUACAUCAAGGGUGACCCCCUGAACGGAUACUACGACUUCGUCAUCAGCGAGGGUUCGUACAAGUUUUGGGCCGUGUUCCAGCUCGUGACGGCCGCCGUGGUCAUCUACUCGACGCUAACCGCCAUCUACUACUCGAAAGUGGCCCCGCUUACGUCGGAUUACGAUUACAUCGAUUACCUGAAUGGUGGGCGUUCGUUUGCUGGUGCUCGAUCGAAACCGGCGGGCAUUGGCCGGGCGUCGGGUUGGAGUUGGGACCGUAUGGUGCAAACCAGCACGUGGUUCGGUCCGGCGGCCCAAGCGUUUACCAUCGUGAUGGAUGCGAUCGAACGGGCGCCCAAAUGA